AUGUGGUGGAACAUCAGGAAUGUGCUGGAAGACUUUGCCUUGGAGAGAGGAUCAGCGUUCAGGGUUGGUAGGGUUCAUCCAGACAAGUGGAAGCAUCUGGAAAUCAUGUAUAAGCGACUAGAAGAGUGGGCAAAGAACUGGCCACCAAAGAACCCUGACAAUGAGGGACCUCUCCAGGUGCACAUAUGGAUUAGGCAAUGUCAAAGGUCUCUCAUGCAUCUGAAGCAACUCCCAUUCACCUUCCAUGAUAUGGUGGUCCUAGUCAUGCUCUUCCAAUGUGCAUUUACCACAGAUCCUGAUGUCUGCAAGCAACUCUUUGAAGCACACAUCCCUGUAUGGCUAGUCUGGAAGCUGGAGUUAGUGCCAAAGGAUAUGAAGAUACAUUGUGAGGUCAACAUUACAUGCCCAGAGGGCAUUAUCACUACCCCAGAUGAGUUUGAGGUCAGCCAAAUGCUCAAGUGGAAUGCUAGGUGGUAUUACCCUGGUGAUCCUAUGCAUGUCCACACCCACAAAGCUCCAGUAGUGGGUCUUGAGCAAUUUGUGGUGCCUUGGCCAGACCCAAUUCCUGCAGUGUCAACUUCCACAACCUCUGGCUCAGUGGCCUUGAAUACUGAGUUGUCAGAAUGGAUAGGGCUAAACAUUGCAGUGGUCCUUGUGGGUGUUUCAUUACUGAUCAAGAUCUUUACACUUACAACCAUCUGCUCAGAUAAUUCUGCAGGUUCAAAGAAGGCCAAGACUUCCACUGCUCCAAAUGUCAACUUGCCACAGGAUUUUGAUGAUCCUGCCUUGCCCACUCACAUUUACUCAUGGAAUGCUGCACUUACUGACAUCAACAAGGACCCCAAGAGAAUUCAUGCCAGUGUGCCCAAAAUCACAUAUUUUUUCCCUCACCCCAUGCUAUUUAUGAGAGGUGAGUCCUCAGAGUGGAGGCAGAGGUACCUCCGGAAUUGUUUUUUUGGGAACCAAAUACAUGAAGCUGCUGAUAUCUUUGGUCCAGAGUUCAUGAAGGUUCAGCAUGAUGUACCGAGUCAUGUGCAGUUCUGUGACAUUAUGAUUGAUCUCACAGACCUCACUACCAUCAACUCAGCAAUGAAGGGCAAGAUUCUCUGGGACCUGUAUGAACACAGUUUCUGCUUCAAGCUGGUCACCCUGGACCAUCUGCUGGUGCCCACCCUCUGGUUGAGUGUGGAAUCUGAGUGGCUGGACCAAGUCUGUCAGAUCUUCCCAGGAGAUUCAGAGCUUACCAUGUUCACUGAACCCUUCCCAGUUAAGGAUCAAGGUCUGGCCUCACUAGAACUCCAAACAAAGCUGGAAUAUGUUGAGAGGUUCCAGAUGUUGCUUGCUUCAUGGCCAGGGUUUCCACCAGAUUUGGGAACCUCACUUCCAUUGUCCACCUCACUGGCACAUGUUUGGGCAGUGGAAAAAUGGCUUGCAUUAUUUUAUGUGCAGUCAUUCUUUGAUAACUUCAGUCAUUUGCCUAUUGUCCUCCAUCUUAUUCCAAAAAAUCCUUGCAGUAUUUAUGGCUUGGGCAAUAACUGCUUAAUCCCAUCACCAUCUGCAUUAUCAUCUGCAUCGUCAUCUGCACUUCCCCCCUGUCCCCCACAAGCAUAA